UGUGUGUGUGUGUGUGUGUGUGCGCGCGCGUGCUUCGGCAGUCGUCGCCAGCUGCUGAGCGGAGAGGCACUCCGACCCUCCGCGUGGACUCCCCGCUGCUUCCCUCCACCUUCCGUGUGAAGGAGUCUUUUCUUGAAGGGAGGACACCGAACCACGGAGGGCUCGCGCGCCGAACCACGGAGGGCUCGCGCGCCGAACCACGGAGGGCUCGCGCACCGAACCACGGAGGGCUCGCGCGCCGAACCACGGAGGGCUCGCGCGCCGCACCAUGGAGGGCUCGCGCCGCACCGUGUCUCUGCGGGGAGUCGUAUCGAUCCUUUUCCUCACCGCGCUGCUGGAGCCCGGAGCUGCCGGUAUGCCCUCGUACUUCCCGAUGAGUCAGCUCUGUAUGUUCUGCGACGUGGAGCUUUCCUCCUGCAGCGGCACGGGCACCUGCAGGUCCAACUGCUCCAUCACCUCCAUCUGCAUGGACAACCACGAGGUCUGCGUCUCCAUCUGGAGGAAGAACGAGACGGACUUCUCCGUGGAGACGCUGUGCCACGACCCGUCCACGCCGCUCUACGGCGUGAUGCUGGACGACUACAACAGCUCCACCUGUGUGAUGAAGGAGAAGAACACCACGAGCGGCGCGGCUCACGUCUGCUCCUGCACCGACGAGGACGAGUGCAACGACCGACUCUUGUUCACGCCCGCCGUGGAUCCGACCCCGGACGACCCCUUGGUGUCGGUGAUCCUGGUGAGCCUGCUACCCCUGCUGGUGAUGGGGGUCGUGGUGGUGGGAAUGUUCUUCUGGUACCGAGCCCACCGGCGACGCAUGAGCCGAGAGUGGGAGAACAGCAUGAAGAAGCGCAAGCCGAAAGCCGGCGGCGGGCUGGACUGCACCGACGCCUGCGCCAUCAUGAUGGACGACGACGGGUCGGACAGCAGCUCGACGCACGCCAACCACCUGAACCACAACACCGAGCUGCUGCCCAUAGAGCUGGACAUGCUGGUGGGAAAAGGACGCUUCGCCCAGGUGUACAAGGCCAAGCUGAAGCAGACCACAUCGGAUCAGUUCGAGACGGUGGCCGUGAAGAUCUUCCCCUGCGAGGAGUACGCCUCCUGGAAGAACGAGAAGGACAUCUUCUCCAAUUCGGACCUCCGGCACGAGAACAUCCUCCACUUCCUGACGGCUGAGGAGAGGAAGGUGGAGAACCAGUACUGGCUCAUCACCGCCUUCCACCACAGAGGAAACCUCCAGGAGCACCUGACUCGGCAAGUGAUCAGCUGGGAGGAGCUACAGGUGCUGGGAUUGUGUCUGGCCCAGGGCGUCGCCCACCUGCACAGUGACCGCCUCCUCUGUGGGCGCCCCAAGGUGGCCAUAGUCCAUCGAGACCUGAAGAGCUCCAACAUCCUGGUGAAGAACGACCUGACGUUGUGCCUGUGUGACUUUGGGCUGGGACUUCGUUUGGACAGCAAUCUGUCUGUGGAUGACUUGGCCAACAGUGGACAGGUGGGCACGGCGCGCUACAUGGCUCCGGAGGUGCUGGAGGCCCGACUCAACCUGGAGAACAUCGAGUCCUUCAAGCAGACCGACAUCUACUCCAUGGCCCUGGUGCUCUGGGAGAUGACGUCCAGGUGUGAGGCCGUCGGAGAGGUGAAGGACUACGAGCCUGCAUACGGCUCCAAGGUGCGAGAGCACCCCUGUGUGGAGAGCAUGAAGGACAGCGUGCUGAGGGACAGGGGGCGCCCCGAGAUCCCCGACACCUGGAUCCGGCAUCAGGGCGUGGCGGUGAUCUGCGCCACCAUCACCGAGUGCUGGGACCACGACCCCGAGGCGCGGCUCACCGCCCACUGCGUCGCCGAGCGCCUCUCGGAGCUCGAGGACGAGAUGGACAAGAUGUCCAGCCGCAGCUCGUCGGCGGAGAAGAUCCCGGCCGAGCUGAAGAUCCCGAUGGAGGUGGGGAUCCCCGGGGAGGAGGUGAAGAUCUCCCAGAUACAGGACGCGCCCGCCGCCGACUGCUCCGUGAGCGACGAGAAGUGAGGAGGCGGAACCGGACUUUACGGAAUGUUAUUCCCCAACGAGGGCGCCUGUUCCGCUUCGGUGAGUUGAGCUCCCGGAGGUCGCUUCUUAUUCUAGCCCACGAAAAACUACACGGGAGACUCUGGGAGACGCGUUGGGACUAAACACGUCACAACCUAACCUUCAUCAGCUGAAAAGAUAAAGAGACAACGGGAAAACAAAAGUUAACUGGAAGCUUCCGAAGAUGCACAGAAGAAGUUUUUUUUUAUUUGAUGCUUCUCUGAGUAAAAAGGUGGAGAAACAAAGAUGGCCGCCGCAGCGGUUACACCAAAGACAUGUAAUGUGCACUUUACCGUGACACUCAGCGGAGGUGUGGCCUUCAGUGGACUCCACCCACAACCAGCUAUGACUCCUCCCACAACCAGCGAGGAAUCCAAAGGAGUGAGUGUGGUAAUGUGUGAGUGUGUGUGUGUAUAUAUAUAUAUAAUAUAUAUAUAUAUGUAUUAUAUAUAUGUAUAUAUGUAUAUAUAUUUAUAUAUAUAUAUUAAUAUAUAUAUACGUAUAUAUAUAUUUUUUUAAAGAUAUAUAUAUAUUUUUAAAUAUAUAUAUAUAUAUAACCUCUCGCGUCUGGACGUUGACUGGGAUCUACUCGCGCAAAAAAUUCGCAACGCUUUUGCUGUGUGAGUGAGUGAGUGUGUGUGUGUGUGUGUGUGGGUGCGUGUGAGUGUGUGUGUGUGUUAAAACCUUGUUUGCCACAAUAAGCACAAUGUAAAUGUAAAUAUUGGCAGUUUUGUACAUAAGAGACGAAUCGACCCAAACAAAAGGGAAACCUAGUAGGUUAACUUCAUAGAGAUGUAUGUUAACGUUUGUGUUUCUAUAGCAACGGGUGUGUGGAACAUCUGUUUUAAUAUCUUUUGUAAAAUAUUUGUAAAUCUCUUUAUGAAAUUAAAGAUCCGUCUGGAUACUGA